UUUGGAUGCUCCUCAGUCUCCGUCUUCUCCUCCGACAUCCUCCAAAAAGGCCGCUCUCUGUACAUAUAUCUCGUCUGAGCCUUCACGGACACGCCACCAUGGCCGUACAACAACCUCCCUGGUCCCUGCCGACCCAGAAGGCCCCGGAGCCCACUCUCAAGAUCUACAACUCGCUGACGCGAACCAAAACGGAGUUUGUCCCGAUCAGUGGGCGUCAUGUCAAAUGGUACAACUGCGGUCCCACUGUGUACGAUGCGUCGCAUAUGGGUCAUGCAAGGAACUAUGUCACGCAAGAUGUGCUCCGGAGGAUCAUGACAGAUUACUUCCGCUACGAUGUCUAUUUUGUUAUGAACAUCACGGACAUAGAUGACAAGAUCAUCAUCGGAGCCCGCCAUAAACAUCUCAUCUCCACCCUCCGCUCCGAAACGACGGCCCUCUCACAAGCCUUGAUCGACCAAGUGAUAGACGCGUGGAUUUCGUAUGUACAGUCGAAGGUGGGCAAGGGUCUCCCGGCAGCCGACCUCCCGCCGGCGGGGAGUGAGCGGGCCCAAUGGCCCAAACUCGUCGAACGCUUUCAAGACAAAGAGUGGAGACUACAAGGCUUGCAGAAAGACGAGAAGUUCGAGAUGCACUACAAAGCUGCGAAUGUCACGUACAACGCCCUUCUAGCAGCGGAAGAACAUCUGAAGUCUGGUCAAACACAUACAGAACAUGCCCAUGCGCUGAUUGAGCAAGCGAAGGACGUUCUUGCUUUGACAUUAGACAAACAGUUUGGCAGCACCGUAAGCGACCAUACCAUUUUCCGGUCACUCGCGGCGUAUUGGGAGAGCGAAUUCUUCAACGACAUGCGCCGUCUGCGUGUUCGCGAGCCAGAUACGCUCACCCGGGUAACCGAAUACGUGCCAGAAAUUGUCUCGUUCGUCGAGGGCAUCGUCAAGAACGGGUACGGGUACGAAGUGGAUGGCAGCGUGUACUUCGACACGCGCGCGUUCGACAAGGCUGACGAUCACUCGUACGCGAAGCUCGAGCCGUGGAGCAAGGGCAACCGCGAGCUGCUCGAGGAGGGCGAGGGCGCUCUCUCCGCAACGACCGGCCGCCGCUCCGCCGCCGACUUCGCCCUCUGGAAGGCGUCGAAGCCCGGCGAGCCUUCGUGGCCGUCGCCGUGGGGCCCGGGCCGCCCUGGGUGGCACAUCGAGUGCUCGGUCAUGGCGUCCGCGAUCUUUGGCGAGAACAUGGACAUCCAUUCGGGCGGCAUCGACCUCGCGUUCCCGCACCACGAUAACGAGAUGGCGCAAUCAGAGGCCUAUCACAACUGCCCGGCGUGGGUGAACUACUUCAUUCAUACGGGACACCUGCACAUCGAGGGUCUGAAGAUGAGCAAGUCGCUCAAGAAUUUCAUAACGAUUGACGAGAUCCUGCAGAAGUACACCGCGCGCCAGCUGCGCCUGGCCUUCCUCACGCAGCUCUGGAACGCUAAGGUCGACUUCUCCGAGUCGCUCAUGACGGGAGAAGUGCGGGGCAUCGAGAUCACAUUCAACAAUUUCUUCACGACCGUCAAGGCGCUCGUCAGCCAGGCGGAAGCGGAAGGGCCGCAACUGGAUGGGAAGAAUCGCUUCCAGCAGCCCGAACGGGAGUUGACAGACAGCCUGCACGCGAGCCAGGAGGCCUUCCGCGCGGCGCUCUGCGAUUCAUUCAACACCCCUGAAGCUAUUAACGUCCUCCGCGAGCUUGUCUCGAAGACAAAUGUCUACCUCAAGGCGCCCGGCGGGAACCUCGAGAUCGGGCUCGUCACACGCGUCGCGCGCUGGGUCGGCGAAAUGCUCCGGAUGUUCGGCCUUGGUGAGGGUGAGACGCAGGAGCUUGGAUGGGGUCAGGAGCGCAGCGCCUCUGAGGGCGGCGUCAACCGCGAGGAGGUUCUCAUGCCCUACCUCCGCACGCUAUCCUCCUUCCGGGACGGCGUGCGCAAGCUCGCGAUGGCCAAGGGCGACAGCGCGCUCAAGGACAUCCUCGCGCUCUCGGAUAAACUUCGCGACACGGAUCUCGUGCCGCUCGGCGUCGCACUAGACGACCAGGAAGACGGUAAGGCGCUCGUCAAGCUCGUGCCGCCGGAGGAGCUGGUGAAGGCGCGCGAGGAGAAGCGCGCACUGGCGGAGGCGAAGGCAGCACGCAAGGCGGCGUCCGCGGAGGCUGAGCGGCAGAAGCGACUCGCCGCGCUGGAGAAAGGGCGUGUACCGCCGCAAGAGCUUUUCCGGCCGCCGAACGUCGCCGUUGGGACAUACGGGAGCUGGGACGAUGAUGGGCUGCCGCUGACGGACGGGGAGGGCAAGGAGCUGAGCAAGAGCGCGAACAAGAAGGUCCAGAAGGAGUGGACCCUGCAGAAGAAGCGCCACGAGGACUUUCUGGAGUGGCAGAAGCAGGAGCAGCAGGGAGCCUAGUAGUUAAUGGGCGUGCUAUCGCCACCGAGGACGGUUCUGUUCCUUGCUCGCCGCUGUAGAUUUACCUCGCCCCUUGUGUAUGAUGCAUUGCGUGCUUCGAUCUGUGGGUGCGUCCGCGUCUGGCAGUUUGAGUGCUAUACAGAUGUGAGCAUUUCUACGAUUUAUUGGAUCAUACAUACAAUAGUUACUUUCUACCAGUCACAGGCGCCAACUACGAGUUGAGCUAUUUUCUCCAGACCAUCCUGAUCGCGUUCAUCAAACCCAGAUAGAACAAGACAGUCCAGGUCGAGGACACCGAUGGCUCGCUCCUCGCCAGAAACUGUCAGGAGCAACGGGCAAACGACCUCGCUUUUUGUUUCCCCGUCGCAUGCGAUGUGUCCGGGAUACGCCUCAACGUCCUGGACGAGGACCGUCUUUUUCUGACGGUACGCGUCCGCGCACACACCUCGCGCGCGUUCAGGCGAGACGUUGAUCAAUUGACAGGCAGGUUUCCCGCAGAAGGGCCCGAGGAGGAGCCGCGCAGACUGAUCGCCCUGCACAGCCGUUGGGGCGGUGAGACUGGGCGGAGGGAAGAGCUCCGAGUUGAGGUAGAAGCCACACCAGUUUACCAUGCGCUCGCCCGUGCCGAACUCGGGGAAGGCCUGGAGGGCGUUGAAGACCAACGAGGAAGCGUUCGCGAGGUUCGUGACCCAAUUGCGCUGUCCGUCCAGGAGGUGGCUGAGCUGUUCGUGGACAUGUGCCCAGAACGCGGUUUUGUCCAUGCCUGGCGGGAUCAUCGCGGAGUCUGCGUGCGGCAUGUCUGGCUGUCUGCGCGGGGUCUGGGGCGGGUGCGCGGGUGGUUGCG